UAGUUUAUGGUUUCUUAACAAACCUGUAAAGUAAAUUGUUUGCUGAGAAUUUUAGAACUGCACACUAUCUCAUUAUGUUUGCUGCUGUUAAAAACUUGCCAUAACAUUUUGCUGGGGAUAUAUGGAAAUAAUGCAGUGUGGCUACUUGGUUUUCUGGCUGCCAUUCCACUGAGUUUGCAUUUCAAUAACACAGACUUGCCCUGUAAAAGCUGAAAUAUCGAAGUUUUUUUAAAAUAUAAACACACACUUUUAAAAAAUAUAAAUUAGCACUGAUUACUUCUUACUUUAGCAAUACUCCAGCCCUAUAUAAUAAACAAUUAAGAAGUCUGAUGAUAUGACUAUAGAUAAAAUAAAAACUGAAAAUUGCUUCUGAGGCCCCUAAAUGUGAACCAUUUCAUAACUGGAGAUUAAAAAACUCCAUCAUUUGGAUAAAUGAGAAUGGGUAAUGUCUACAUGGAAGUGAUGGGAAACAGAGUUGCUAUUACAAUACAGGAUGUUGACCUGAAAGCAUGUCAGGGACCUUUGGAUGACUGCUGCCCACAUCAAGGAGAGGAUCAGCUGGAACUGCAAGGGGAGGAGGAGGAGAAAGACAUAAAUCAAAGCAACUGCAACCAUGGAGAUUCCCUUCUCUCCUUAGAGGGCUAUUUACAGCUUCUGUCAUCGCAGGUGGGAAACAUGCUAGAGGUGAACUUACUGGAAGAUCCACAAGUUGCUACUUCUAGUAGAGGUCAAGACCCAUCACCCUCACACCACAAUAUAAAUUUGACCCAGACAUUUCACAACAGUUUGAGUCCUCCUGAUGCAAUGCUACUAAGAACAGACUACCCCACUCAAUCAAAAUCAAGACACUUACAAAGGCAAGAGUUUUUUCCUCAAUCAAGCUCUGAUACCACAAAUCCAGAAUCACUAUUUCACGGGUCAAAUUUGACAGGGCUGUUUUCAGCUGCUGACCUUAGAAAUCUAACAGCCCAUGAUGAUAAUUUUGAUGAAAUUAAACUCAUGUCUUUGGCUUUGGAGGAAGGCUUUAGUCCUAUAGAAGUUUCUCAGAUCUUUGAAGAGCCUGGCUCAGAUUCAGGACUAUCUUUGAAUUCAAAUCACAGCACCACCUCUUACUCAGUCUGCUGUGAAGAUGCUGUUGGGUACAGCAGUAGUGUUAAAUCUGCUCCUUCACAUGGCUUAGGAGCUGUUGGUGGCCACUGCCAAGAAAACACUAAACACAGCCUUGUGGAAUAUCCAGGUGAUACAGAGUGUUCUACAGAAGCCAUGCUUCCACAGUUUCUUCAUAAUCGCACUUACACUCAGCUGCCAAGUCAAGCAGCAUCCACUCCACAGCCUCAUCAACAGAUGUGGAUGAAGAAAUCAAACAAAGUAAAGGAUAGGUGCCAUAAUUCUACUGCUACAAACCGGAGCAGAGAUGAAUGUAGUGCAAAAGCUCUGAGAAUACCGUUUUCAGACGAUGAAAUUGUGAGCAUGUCCGUCGACUCUUUCAACACAUUGCUAGCAAAGAACCAGCUGACAGAAACUCAGGUAUCGCUUCUACGUGACAUCAGACGAAGAGGAAAAAACAAAGUAGCUGCCCAAAAAUGUCGUAAACGCAAACUGAAUGCAAUUCUUAACUUGGAAGAAGAUGUGUGUAAUCUCCAAACACAAAAGGAGAGCCUUAAAAAGGAGCACUCCCAGUGUAGCAAAUCAAUCAACCAGAUAAAGCAAAAAUUAAACAACUUGUACCACGACAUUUUCAGUAGAUUGAGGGAUGACCAGGGCAGACCUGUUAACCCACGCCAGUAUGUCAUUCAUUGCAGUAGCAAUGGUAGUGUUCUCAUAAUUCCCAAGCACUUGGUCAAAUCUGAACAGAAACAAGGUAACAGAAAAGAGAAGAAACAAAAAUAAGAUGACUGAGAUCACCAAAAUCACCUUUAUUUUGCCUGAAAGCUUGUGUGAAGACUAAAGGUCAGUGAUUACAGCAGUUCAAACAGAAACAACUACGCUUGAGGACAAACACUAUGUUCAAGGGUCUGCCAAACCCAACCGCGAUCUGUUAGAAAGUCUAUGAGCUGAGGCUUUUGGAUGAGAAAAUCUGUUUAGUUUUAGUUACAAUUAAAGGAGCUAGACCAUCAGUGUAGCUUUCUAGACCUAUGUUAAAACUAGAAUGUAGUUACUGGUAAUGGGGGCAGAGGGGAGAACAUCCUGGCGUAAGUCAACUUUAGAUCAAUGUUACAUGUGCACGAAAAAUGUUUUAGUCUUGUGUACUUGACUCUUCAUACAGAAAAUGAACUUAUUUUAUUCUCUAGCACUGAAAGAAAAAUUAUAGUUUUAGUGCAUCUUCAACUUAAAUUCGCUGUGGAUUUACAUAGUCUCGAGAGAUAACUGCAUGCUUUGCAUUUAUUCACAAUGGCUCUGAUUUUCCUAGUUUUCCUUUGAGGAGAGCAACCCGGGACAGUACUGCAUUUUUCCUCACUACUUUCACCAUCGUAACUCCAAGCAAAGAUAAUCUACCACUUAAUUUUACAACUCAUACAGUCAAUCUGCAAAUAGAUGCUGAAAAUUGUGUCUGAUUCAAUAUUGUCUUACCUGCAUCCUCUGCAAUUGAAUCAUUCUCAGCUUUCUUCCACGAAAAUGACCAAUGGUGAAUGAGUUCCUGUUUUGUUUCCUAGUGACUGUUACACAUUUAGUUGUGUACCUUCCCUUUUCCACUCAUUUUGAUACCUUCGUCAAGAAGUACUUGAGUUUUCUCUUUGGCUUUUUUAACUGGUAUUUUUAAGGUAUCUUUAAUGUUCCAGAUUUAAUUUUUUAAAAUAAAUAUUUUACCUAAUCUUUAAACUAAAUUGAACCAAACUGCUGUUUAUCUGUACUUGUAAUUAUGAUGUUACACUCUGAUAGUGCUCCAAAUGAAGAGGUUUUGGGUUUGACAUUUGUGCUAUUAAAAAGGAGAAAUUUUAUUCACUCAUGAACUUAUAACAUCCUAUCCUUUACUGUUUUACAGCCUGUAAAAGGUCUGCAAAAGAGAUGGCCUAAAAGGCCUAUAAUGAAUGGUAAGGAAGGAAUGUUGAGGUAUAUUAUUAUGAAAAUUACUACUAAUAUUAAUGUCUAAAUAACAACAAAUACUUCUUAUUUGUUUUAUAACUAAAACACAUAAAGCCAGUAUUAAAAAAGUUCUCAUUGAUUGUGGCAUGAUGACAAUGGAGCAAAUUUACAUUCAGGUAUGUUAAAAAAAUCACUUGCACCAAACACGUAAGAACUACACGUACAAGCAAUACAAGCUUAAAUGCCAAAUUAUACCUUCUGAAGAAACGAACAGCCACUAGCAUGUAACUCACACUGGCUGCCUGCACUUAGCUGUAGCAAAACCGAUACUAUCAAAUGGCAUUUUCUAAAAGGGGAGCACUAAGAUAGUAUCAAGUGCACUGAAUUAUCAAUAAUGAAAUCAGCCUGUUUGAACAAUUUGCUCAGCAUUUUCUGUUAAAAGAUUUCUUUAAAUAAAUGUGUGCAUGUGUUCGUUAUCGGUUUCAGCACAGCCUCAAGCUGGUAAGGGUAAAUUCAUAGCAGAAAAGUCUCAUUACUGAGGCCAUGCAAUUUCUUGCUGUUGGUUACGCGCGAGAGACACAUCUAUCCUAACUGGUAUUCACAUAGGAUUUGUCUACUAGCUACAUCACAAACUUCAACCAAAACAUGCAAGAGGUAUCAGAUACAUAUGAUGAAUUGUGAACUUUAUUUCUAGUUGCAGGGAAAAAAGGAAGUACAUACUUAAGUCAGCAUGGUCAUAAUCAAUUAAUUGACAUAAUAAGCAUUUUUAAAGUCCAUGCACUUACCCUUUGCAGGACCAGGUCCUUAACCCUACUUCACUGCCCAUGUGCAUAAAUUCUGAUAGAUACUGGAUCAGGCUCAUUAACUGAGAAAUCCAGAAAGCCAAGUAUUUCUUGGGCCUUUAGGGCCUCACAUGGGAGGAAAAAAAAAGUAAAGCCUAAACUUUUUGGUGCCCACUCCUUCAGUAGCAGUGGCAAGUGAGCUCUGUGGAUUUUUGUAAGGCCAGCUGCUAAUGGAGUAUUGCAUAUACCUAGUUGGGAAACAGCUACAUGGUUAAAUUUUGGCACAUGCCAAAAAAUAAAGCAUACUGUAACCCUUUCAGAACACAAUCCUAACGCAAAGCAGCUUACUCCACCUGUUCCAUUUAAGACAUCAGCCCCAACCCCAUUAUGUGUAAAUUUGAAGAUUGUAAAGGAUUAUGAAAUGCCUCAGCUAAUUCAACUGUCAUUUUUGUUCAGUAACUUUCUUUAAAGUUGAUGUAAUCAAUUGUUGAUGUGUUGUUUUGAUGUAAUCAAGUUGAUCAAUUUCUCAGAACCCAACAAGCAACUCUACCCCUACAAAAAUCUCAUAGCUGAAAUACUAAUUUUGGGUGGACUGCAGCAGUACUGAUGAUACAAUGAGCAUUAGGUCUGGCUGUACAUUUUUUCAAACCAUCAGCUACCUGCCCACAGGACAAAACUGUAGGUAGACCAAUGUCGUGUUCUGAGUUGGAGUAGACUCUCGUAUUUCACCUAAAAGCUCUUGCAGUGUCUUCCCUUUCUGCCACUAGGCUGUAUUUAAAGAAAAAUACCAAACACAAUCAAAAACAAAAGGCAAACAAAAAAUCCACAAACACUGCCUGGUCUUGGCUAUACCUUACAGUUUCAUGUCAUUAAAUGAUGUGUGCAAUUCAGCUAGACAGCCUGAAGCUUUUAAUACACUUCAUGUACUGGCCUUAGUCUGUAAUUGCAACCUCUAUACAAAAUGGAGACAUUGUAGAGUUGAGCUUUUCAGGUAAACAGGACUGAUCAAAAACAAGUUGUUACUGAAAUUGUUGUAAAAUGUAGGUAACACCUGACUGAAGUCUGGCUUAGCAUCAUUAUUGACAGAUCAAGAUUUUCACAAAAUCAAAAUCCCAAGCAUGCAAACCAGGAACUUUACUGUGAAAAGACACGUGGUAUGAAACCUACUCUGGAGCCAGAUGUGACAAAGCCAUUAUGGCUGUGUCCUACCUUAUUACUACAAUGUUGAAACGUAAGUCUCUGAAGUUAGAAUGAAAACACUUUUUAAAAACAUAGCUAGGAAACCACAAAACUGAUGAUUGUAAACAUAGCUGUUGACAACAAAAAACAGAAAGACUGAAGUGGGAGUGUUCAUUAAAAUACUGUUCCCAUGGUAAAGCUUUUAAGUAGUCUGUAACACUUCAGUGGUAAACUACAUUUUUAUGUUAAGUAAGAGGUUAUCUGCAAGACGUGAGGGAAGAUUAAGUAUAAAGGAAAAACACUGGGUGGUGGGGACAUCACCAUGCACACAUACUACAUUCCCAUUACUGAUGGCAGCAACAUGCACUAUGGAGCAUUACCUGCUGGCUGCUCUUAGAUCCAUACCUGUUCUGGAGGAACACCCACCAGCAACAAACGCAAGCCAAGUCCUUUAUUAAACUGCAACACCCAUAGGAUCUUUCUUGAAACGUAAGGCUGAACACUCUCAUAGGUCCUGUGAACAAGCCCUCCCAGAACACAGCACUCUGCUGAAACACUACAGACACUUUGAAUGACCACUACAGCACUGCACUGAAGUGCAGCUUAAAUUCAUGUUUUAGGUUUUAUUCAGUAGAUUUGGCUUUCUUACAAGCUAAGGCUGUUCCUGCUCCAGAGCUUACAAUCUAGUUUUAGAUGGGGGAACCAGAAGAACAAACUUCAAUGACAAAGAACAAAGCAACUUCAUGAGUAUCAACUUGUCAAUCUUUGUCCCUAAGCACACACACAUUUGUUCAUUCUCUGGGAGUCAGUACAGUUCUAUUCUAACAAGAAUCUCGAGGACAGAAGAGGCAGAGACCUAUAAAUGAGGCAACAAGACACUCAGCACCACAGUGUAGUGAAAAACUGUUUAUUAAGUAAACCAAAUAGAGAUGGCAGAUGUAACCAUGUGAAAUCUUAUUACUGUAGUGUACCCAUAAAGUACUGCAACUUGAUACCUGCUGCACAGCUACUAGAACUCCAUGAAGUCCAUCAGCCACCCAUUUUCAUAUAAGAAUGCCAAAACAAACGGGGGGGUGGGAAAGGAGAAGAGUGCUGGUAACAGCAAUUUUCUAGGACUUUCCCCCAGUCACCCUUUCUCAUACAGUGAAGCAGCAUGGGAGGUCACGCAAGCUAGUUUUUAACUACAAGGUCCCCACUGUUGACCUAGUAUGUUCAUAGCACUGUCAGCAAGUCACACAGCUAUUUUUACACUGUUAAUUUUACUGCUGAUAAACAAACCAGUUCUUGCUCCAUUAACUGGAGUUAACUGACAAAAUUUCUGUGCAACACAAACCAACAGUAGCUGCAAAGCAAGAACACGACUGUUAAAAAGGGACAGUACUUCUGGAAAAAUGGAUCAUUAUUACCCAGGUAAACCCUUCCAUAUAACACUGCUAUACAUUCCUAGAUCCACUGAAUGGAUGGCUGAAUAAACAUGGCUGAAGAGAAACAGCCAUCUCCCUUACGUGGAAAAGAACUAACAGCAGUACUAUGGGGUUUCACUUCAUCACACACUGCUUCAAAAACAGAAACACUAAACCUACAGGGAAUGUACAGCCCCAGUAUGUUCCCAGCAAUUUAUCCUCUACCAGUGAGGUCAAGCUGCCAAAACAAACUCGGCUGACAACUGUUUGAAAAUUCAGAUCCAUUUCUGGGGCUUGAGUUCUCUUCCCCAGAAGUGAUACGAUUUCAUCCCCAAGGUAUCAUGUACAUUCACCAUCAAACUAAAAGAAUACAGUCUUCUUUCCCACACAUAACAAAGUUCAAGUCCUGUCCAUUUUACAGUAUUAAAAGCAAUUGUUUGCAUUUUCCUAAAUACUUUUCAGCACCUGCAGCACAACAGAAGUGAGUAAAAUUCAGCUUUCUUUGUAAAUAAAGUCUGAGUGGCCAGAACCCUA